AAUGUCUGCUUUUCUUAUGUGUCGUGGAAUUCACUCAUCCUUUCGGUGGAAUCUGCUCCGAAUCAGCUCGUUCUUCUCGGUAUCUGCAGACUGCGUAGACCUCCAGUGAUAUCCUACCGCAUCGACCAUGUCCGAAUCAGGAGUCGCUGGCUGCUUGAAAGAGGCACUGGACAGCGGAAAAUACAGCGAUGUGCAGUUCGCUGUGGGUCGCCAGUUUGGCCAAGUGAAGAUCUUCCAAUCCUACAAGAAUGUCUUAGGCCUUCGCAGUCCCGUGUUUGCCACGAUGUUCUACGGGAGUUUGCCGGAAAGUUGUGAAGUCCCCAUCGAAAUUCCCGAUCUCGUUCCCGAUGCGUUUGCUAACAUGCUCAGCUACAUGUACUCGGAUAAAGUGGAGAAUCUUAGUACGGGAAACGUCUUCCCCACGAUGACAUGCGCUGACAAGUAUGACUUACCGCUUCUGACGCAGAUCUGUUCUAAUUUGCUGGACAAGCAAUUGACUCCCGAAAAGUGUCUGAACAUUUUGGACGAGGCAAUUCACUGGCAAGCCGAUGCCUUUGUGGAGAAAUGCUGGGCUAUCGUGGAUUCGAAAACCGAGGAAGUUUUACGGUCCACUAAAUUUCCGGAAGCCACUCACGGCAUUCUGCACAUAAUGCUGCAGCGCAACACGUUGACGGCUGGAGAGUUUGACGUUUACUUGGCUGUUAACAGGUGGGCAUCAGCCGCCUGUGCCCGCAACAACUUGGAUCCGUCGGCCGUCAAUCGACGCCAGAUGCUGGGCGACGUUCUGUUCCUUGUCCGAUUUCCGCUGCUAACGAAUUCGCAACUGGCGGAGGGCCCUGCCAAGACCGGUCUUCUGACGGAAACAGAGCUGCUGAGCCUGUUCCUGUACCGGACUGCCGAAGUGAAGCCGCAAGUGCCGUUUCCCACGGACUCCCGGACCGAGUUUCGGGUUGGCGACGAAGUGUUCGCGCACAAGCCAUCCUCGCGUUGGUGGUUCCCAGCCACAGUUACCGCGGUUAACCAUCGCCAGGUGGCACUGGCGUGGUUUGAAAACCUUGGUACUGACACCUUGACCGCCGACAAGGUCAUCGGAUCCUGGAGCGUAACUGGCAGUCCGGAAGUCCAAGGAGGUGGAAAGGCGGAAGGCAGGAACGUCCAUGAGAUCCAAGGUGUUAUCGUAUUAAAAGAUGUUGAAAAAGAUGUUGUUUAA